AUGCAUACGAAGCUUUUGUCGAGUUUGGAUCAAGCUGAACUGGUCUUAGCAUUUCUCGACCCGCAAAAUUGUGUAGGUUAUGAUCCUGCCGUAAACUGUAGUUCCCGAGACAAUGAAGCACCGUCCUUAGACGCCAGCUGUCCGGCCCUCCCCAACGCCACAUGGUCUUUCAACGAGACGGACUACUUUUGGCAGCAAAACCUUGGUUGCGCCAAUGGAAACGCUUGUAUCCAACGUUGUGCGGGACUCUGCCUAGACCUUCCGACCAUUCAUUCGGACCGGGAAAAUAAUAGGACCCUCAUCGAAACGCUGCAUCGUAUGAACGUAUGUGAUGUCAAUCAGAUCGCUCAUAUUGGGAUGACGCAUAGGAUGGCUCCGCAGUCGAUUAUACGAGCUGGGCAAAAAAACAGCCCUCGGAUUUCGACGCUAACGCAAAUGAAGAAGCCUGCACUACGGAUGCAAAAGAUUCAAUUCCUGCUCUCUAUUCUUGUUACCUCAGCAAGCGUCACAGGUGACAAGAGCUGGCGGCAGAAGAAUUUGGCAACUCUGAAGGUCUCCGCUGCCGCCAGCGCCACUGGAGCGGGCUUUUUCCAAAAACUAACGGCUGUAGCCUUAAAAACCUGUCUAUCGGAUUGUAUCUCGCAACCGAACUGUACCUCCAUAAUUUGGUGUCUUCCGGACUGGAGCUGCUUGCGUUCCGGGUUCCUACUGACUGGAAAUACGGCUUUUCCAAGCUCGUUGUUAUACCCGAAUCUGACGAUGUGCAUGGGUUUCCAAGCCGAAGAAACGCCCUCGAUUAAUACGUCGACUACAAGCACUACGAAAAGCACCGCAAAAACACCAAAAACGACAACCAAGAAAACAACGACAAAAAGGAAAGCGGCUACCACCAAGGGGCCCUGUGAUCUUAUCCCUCAAGAAGCUACUUGGACCUACAAUAAUACGAAUUAUUACCUACUUCAGCCAAAUUGCGUGUUGGGAAAUCGAUGCCAAGACAUCUGCAGCACCAACAAGCUUCAAGUGGCAACAGUCCAUUCUCAGAAGGAGCAAGACCAACUGAAACUGAAAAUGUCACAACUCGGAAAAUGUGCUGUAAGACUGGUGCAUCUCGGUCUGGGCUAUGUCAAAACCGCACACAACUAUCGGAAUAUUUGGAGAGACCGUUCCCCAGUCGACUACGUCAAUUGGGACGUCGGCAGCCCGUCACGCACGACAAACUACCAGAAUACCAUCGUGCCUGAGAAUUGCACCCUGAUGAACAACAACGGGAAGUGGAACGAUGUGGGCUGCUCGUUCUUCUGCUACGCUGAUGCGGCUUGUCUCUGCAUGAAGCGGUGU